CAAUAAAAUGGAAAAAGAUAUGGAAAUUUUAUUUUGCAAGAACCUGUAACAACUUUUUAAUAAAAAAUAAAAAUAUGUGUGUUAUGGGCCAUCCUAAUGUUUAUACCUGGGAGUCUACACUUUAAGAUGUCGAGCUAAGCAUACAUACAUGUAUGAUUCAUAUCACUAUUUAUAAUUCGCCAUCAUCUACAAUACUAAGCGAACCAACGUGUGCAACUUGUUAGAGUCGCAAAGCUAAUGCUAACGCUAAAUCAUUGUUAUUGCAACUGCAGAUGAAGAUUGACCAUAUCGGAAUUUGUUCAAUAAACGAGUCAACCACAUUAUGAUGCUAAUUGAAAGAAUGAGGAAACAACACUACAAAAAGCUUUUAAUUUUGGCGGUUUUAUUAGCCGGCUUUUGUGAAGCGCAAGACCAAAACGAAAUCAGAUGUACGCGUUACAAAAAACAGUUGUACGAGAAAGACGUAUCGGUGAGCUUUUUUUUUCCUGGUGCCGAACCACAGACGAUAACCGCGGAUCGAUGUAUGACUGUAGCCCCACUGGUUGUAGGAGGAGAAAACGCCCAAGCAAAGGAAUUUCCAUUUGCCGCUCUUCUGGGUAGCCUAGAGACAACAGGAGACAAUGUUAAUUGGUUUUGUGGUGGCACCAUAAUUAGCCAAAAUUUGGUUCUGACAGCGGCCCAUUGCUUCUAUUCAUCACUUGGAGCCAUCAAUAGAGUACGACUUGGUGAGUUGGAUUUUAACUCGCUCACGGAUGAUGCAAAUCCCGAAGACUUUUUAGUUCAACAACUUAUCGAACAUCCGAGCUACCGUCGCAAUGAGCCUUACAAUGACAUUGGACUGGUUUUGUUGGGGAGAUCUAUUUCAUUCAACUCAUAUAAACAACCGGCUUGUUUACCUUCUCUGGAUAUAAUCGAAGAGAAUUCGGAUUCUUUGGUUGCGAUUGGAUGGGGUCACACAAAAUUUUCCGGCCAAGCAUCCUCACAUUUGCAAAAAGUGGAACUAAAACCAUAUUCGUAUGAGAAUUGUGCUGCUUUAGCUGCUACUGCAGAGGGUGCAGAGAUACUACCAUCAGGUUUGUGGAACUCAAUACUAUGUGCUGGAUCCUCAGAGGCAAAGGACACAUGCCAAGGUGAUUCUGGGGGACCUUUAUUGCUGCAGCAUCCCCGUUUUCCUUGCAUGAAGAUUGUUGUGGGAAUAACAUCCACUGGAUUUAGUGGAUGCGCUACUCCUGAUAUUCCAUCUCUGUAUACUCGUGUGAGACAUUAUUUAGAUUGGAUAAACUCUUAUAUUAAUUGACCAAGUUCAUUAUUUACGUUAAAAACCUCAAAGGUUGUGAUCAAUCGAGCCUAAUAAACACGAGGAGCAAGAGAGCUGCAAAAGAAAUUGCCUUCGGCGACCUCUAAAACUGUAUACUGUUUUCAAAUAAUAUAAUAGUGGUCAUUAGCUAGAUCAACAACCUUUUGAAGUAAUUAACGCAAAAAAUGAAAUUAUGCGAAUGACCUGCUGGCUGUGACAAAA